AUGGCCGUCAAGCGAUCCGCCGCCGCCUUCUCCGUCGACGACUCUGCUCGCUCCUCCGCCCCAACAAGCCCAACCGCCCACAAGAGGAGGCGCGUCUACUGCCCCGACGACUACGAGGAGACGGGCGUCCUCGGCGAGGGCGGCUUCGGCGUCGUCGUCAGCGCGCGCCACCGCGCCACCGGCGAGCUCGUCGCCGUCAAGGCCCUCCACUCCAGCAGCAGCAGCAGCAGAAGCUCCAGCUCUAAUCGCAGCAGCAGUUCCGACGCCGCCGUGAGCGGAUUGAUGCGGGAAGCCUCGUUCCUGGCGGCAUGCCGCGGCCACCCGUCCCUCAUCGGCCUUCACUCCGUCUCGCGCGACCCUUCCACGGGCGAGCUCUCCAUCAUCAUGGACUACGCCGCCGGGCCGAGCCUCCACGACGUGCUCCACGUGCACCGCGGGAGCCGCCCGUUCCCGGAGGCCGAGGUCCGCGGCAUCAUGAAGGAGCUCCUGGGCGGCGCCGAGCACUUGCACGCGCAAGGCAUCGUGCACCGGGACAUCAAGCCGGAGAACAUCCUCGUCAUCGACAACAACGGCGGCAUCAAGAUCUGCGACCUGGGGCUGGCCAUGUCGACGGCAUCCGACGCCCCGCCGUACACGCGGUGCGGCACGGUGCCGUACAUGGCGCCCGAGGUGCUCCUGGGGAUGCCGGACUACGGCGCCAUGGUGGACACGUGGUCGCUGGGCUGCGUCAUGGCGGAGCUCCUGGCCGGCGAGCGGCUGUUCGACGGGGACGAACCCGGCGCCCAGAUGCUGGAGAUCUUCGACGUCCUCGGCGCGCCCGGGUGCAGCACGUGGCCGGCCUACAAGUCGCUGCCGCUCGCCGGGAAGCUUGCGAAGCCGCCCCGAUGCAUCCGGUCCUGCAGGAGGUUGAGGAAGCUGUUCCCCGAGGAGGUCCUCUCACGGGAAGGGUACCAGGUCUUGAGGGGGCUGCUUUCCUGCAACAUCGACAAGCGGCUCUCGGCCACCGCCGCGCUCCGACUUCCGUGGUUCACCAACUCCGGCGAUGCUUCAGCUGUGUGA